AUGGGACCGCAUCCAGCCACCGUCCCCUGCUCCCUCCGGUGCGGCGCCGCCGCCGCCGCCGUCCGGCGAUCCGGGUGGGCGCGCAGCGCCGGUUUCCUCGUCCGCGACGGCGGCCGUAGCAACGGAACCGGCGUGAAGCUGUCCUGCGUCGGCCCUACUGCCUGGAGCUACCCCCACAACUUCGACUCAGACUCGGAACCCAUGCCGCCUGGCCGUUGGUGGGGGGAGGCGCUGCUCGAAGAAGACGCCGAGUUUUUUCCUCUUGCCGAUUUCAUCCCAGUCGGACAGGGCAGGAAGGAGCUGGAUGCGAUAUGGCACGCCCUCGUCGCCGGCCCCCUCGAGUCCGUCCAGCUGACCCUGCGUGAGAUCCUGGCCGCCGGCAACCUGUUCCGCUGCCGCAGCUUCCACCUCGGCACCCUCUCAGGUGCUUUGCUGGUCGUUGCUGGGGUUUUCCAACUCUGCAAAACGUCACCCACCCUUUUCGUGGACAUUGUUCUUGGAUCUGUGUUCUACAAGCUAAGCGUUUUAUCCGGACAGUUGCAAAGGGAGGGCAAGUCAUUUAGCAUAUGUGCACGGAUACAGCUAGUCCUUCUGCUUAUUUUGUCUUUCAAGGAUAACGGUGCUUCUCAGGGCUUCUACCGCUUUCUUGUGGAAUCAAUCUGGUUGCUCAACAUUUAUGUGUAUCUCAUAAUGGCCUACGACGCGACCGUCGGCGUGAAGCAUGGCAGACUCGAGUGGCUUGGGGUCUAUAGAAUGCUGCGGAGGAAGGGUGGCCUGAUGAAGGUGCUGAAGCAUACCUUUCUUGAUAUUUUGGGAGGGAACAAGAAGCCAGUCUCGAUAAAAAGAAGGCACAGAAAGGGCCAGUAA